AUGAGCCACAUUGAUUCUACCAGUUAAUUCUAGUUCUGCUGCAUGGAGCAAACACUCGCGAAAUAACAGCGACACUCAGAUUUGACUCAAGGGUGUGAGGAUGAAAGUGCUGCUGCUUUUGUUGUUGAUGGGGCAAGCCACCGCUCAGCACAGAGGUCUGUUUCCUGCCAUAUUGAAUCUGGCCAGUAAUGCAGUAAUCAGCAGUAAUGCAACAUGUGGAGACCCAGAACCUGAAGUCUACUGCAAGCUGGUGGAGCACGUUCCAGGACGGAGGAUAAAGAACCCACACUGUCUCAAAUGUGAUGCCAACUCCGUUCUGUCCAGAGAACGUCAUCCAAUCACAAAUGCUAUUGAUGGAACCAAUCGGUGGUGGCAAAGUCCAAGUAUCAAGAAUGGACAACAGUUUCACUGGAUUACCAUCACACUGGAUUUGAAACAGGUUUUUCAGAUCGCGUACAUCAUUAUCAAGGCUGCUAAUUCUCCUCGAGCAGGUAAUUGGAUCCUUGAGCGGUCUCUGGAUGGAGUUUCCUUUGAGCCCUGGCAAUUUUAUGCCAUCAGUGACUCUGAGUGUUUAUAUCGCUACAACAUCACACCACGACUGGGACCACCAACCUAUAAGAGUGAUACAGAGGUCAUCUGUACAUCUUAUUAUUCCAGAUUAAACCCACUAGAGCAUGGAGAGAUCCAUACCUCCCUAAUUAAUGGCCGACCUGGAGCCGAUGAUUUAACCUCAGAUCUGCUGAAUUUUACGUCGGCGCGUUACAUCAGACUGAGACUUCAGCGAAUCCGAACACUGAAUGCCGACCUGAUGACCCUGAGUGCUCGCGAUCCUCGAGAUAUUGACCCUAUUGUCACUCGGAGGUAUUAUUAUUCCAUCAAAGACAUCUCUGUGGGUGGGAUGUGUAUCUGCUAUGGACAUGCUCAGAGCUGCCCACUUGACCCUGUUAGCAAGAAGCUUCAUUGUGUAUGUGAGCACAAUACUUGUGGAGAAAGCUGUAACGAAUGCUGCCCAGGUUACCAUCAGCAGCCAUGGCAACCAGGGACCAUCUCCGAUGGAAACACGUGUGAAAAAUGUAACUGUCACAAUAAAGCAGACGACUGUUACUACAAUCAAACCAUCUCUGAACUCUCUUUGAGUUUAAACACUCACGGUGUUCGUCAGGGAGGUGGAGUUUGUUUUAACUGUCAGCAAAACACAGCUGGCAUCAACUGUGAGACCUGCAAAGAUGGAUACUUCAGACCUGCUGAGGUUUCUCCAUAUUCUGACUUUCCAUGUGUUGAAUGUAAAUGUGAUCUGAGAGGCUCAAAGUCUUCAGUCUGCGCCAGAGACAACACACAGCCAGGUUUGCUUGCAGGUCAGUGCAUGUGUAAGGAGGGGUUUGCAGGUCAACAGUGUGACCGUUGUGCGUUUGGAUACAGAGAUUUUCCUCAGUGUUUUCGCUGUGAGUGUAGCCUGUCAGGCAGCAUCAACACUGACCCAUGCAGCCCCUGCAUCUGCAAGGAGAAUGUGAUGGGAGCUCACUGUGAUCUGUGCAAGCCAGGUUUUUUUAACCUCCAGGAGAGCAAUCCUCUCGGAUGUACCAGCUGCUUCUGCUUUGGUGUGUCUGAUGUCUGCGAGAGCUCUGGCUUGUCCAUAGGGCAGGUGGUUACUGCAGAAGCUUUGCUCUUCCCCUCUGAAACAAUCACCACCACCCCUGUACUUCACAGCAAUGAGAUACCCAUUCAUAGCAACAUUUCCUCUGGUGCCACCCACCAACAAAUGCUGUGGUGGGCGGCACCCCAAAGUUUCCUUGGUAACAAGCUGUUGUCUUAUGGAGGUUUCCUGAACUACUUUGUGGUUUAUGAUGCUCCACUUGACUUUGAAAACCCCACCCUGUCCGCCCACUGUGACAUCAUUAUCAAGGGUAAUGGUUUGGCUCUUCGUCUUUCACGUCUUCUCCCACUAUCCCUCUCUACACUGGCUGAGCAAUUGGUUAACGUGCCAAUGGUCUGGCAGCAAUUUGCGUAUGACCAAACAGGCAGGCAUGUUACCCGAGAUGACCUGCUAUUGGUUCUUGCCGAUGUGACGUCACUGGUUGUCAGAGUUUACCUGAAUACCUCCGCCACCGGAACGAUACGCCUCAGCUCCGUCUCUCUGGACAUCGGUGACGCUAGCUCGCAUUCUGAGGUUCAAGCACUUGCUGUGGAGAGAUGUGAAUGCCCGUGGGGUUACAGUGGCACUUCCUGUGAGUCGUGCCUACCAGGUUUCUACAGAGUGGGUGGAAUCUUGUUUGGAGGAAACUGUAUGCAGUGUGAAUGCAAUGAUCAUGCCGCUGAGUGUGACAUCAAUGGAGUUUGUGUGGGCUGUACCCACAACACCACGGGCCCUCAUUGUGAUCAGUGUCUUCUGGGUUUCUAUGGUGAUGCCACAGAGGGAACAACAGAUGACUGCCAGUUGUGUCCAUGCCCUCUAACGAAACCAUCCAACAGGUUCAGUCCCACUUGUGUGUUGGAUGCAUCUGGACAGGUACUGUGUGACCAGUGUCAGGAUGGGUACACUGGAACCAACUGUGAGAAGUGUGCUAGUGGUUUCUAUGGGAACCCACAGGUAGUGGGUGGGACCUGCGUUCGCUGUGAGUGUAACGGUAAUGUGGACAUCAGUGAGGCAGGACACUGCGAUACUGUCAGCGGGGAAUGCUUGCGUUGCCUCGGAAACACAGCAGGGAGACACUGCGAGUUGUGUCGGCCUGGGUACUAUGGAGAUGCUGUGCACACCAAAGACUGUCGGGAAUGUGGCUGUGAUGUCAACGGGGCCCUUUCCAGUCAAUGUAAUGUCACAACAGGCCAGUGUAUCUGCAGAGAGAAUGUGACGGGACGCACCUGUGACCACUGCAAGUCAGGAUUCUAUGGGCUGCAAAGUGGCCAUGGCUGUAUGCCAUGUGGCUGCAACAAAUCAGGAUCUCUGUUUGAAUCAUGUGAUAAGGAGGGGCAGUGCCAGUGUGUAGAGGGUGUGACUGGACACAAAUGUGACCGCUGCAGUAGGGGUUACUAUGGGUUCCAUGACAAAGGCUGCAUAGCAUGCUCCUGUGAUCACACUGGUGGGAACUGUAACCCUGAGAAUGGAGAGUGCAUCUGCCCCGCCCACACAGAGGGAGAGACCUGCAAUAAGUGUGUAAAAAAUUACUGGGGCCAUAACCCCACCACAGGCUGCAAGCCUUGCAGCUGCAGUGAAGCAGGAAGCUCUUCCCCUCAUUGUGACCUGACCAAUGGACAAUGUCUGUGCAAAGAGGGGUUCUUUGGCAAGUCAUGCGACCAGUGUGCACCUGGUUACUAUGGGUACCCAGCAUGCUCAGCCUGUGGCUGUGACAUGGCAGGCACAGAGGAGACCUUUUGCAACGCUACCUUGGGGGUGUGUUCCUGCCAAAACACUGGAAAUUGUGUGUGCAAGCCUGGGGUCUCAGGCCGGCGAUGUGAAGAGUGUGUUUCUGGUUGGUUCGGACUGUCAGCUGAAAAUCUAGAUGGUUGUUUGCAGUGUUUCUGUUCAGGACUGAGCCAAGACUGCGAGGAACAGGGAGGACUGACCAGAGUACCAGUGUACCUGGCUUACUCCUCCACUCUUCCAUUCCUGUCAUUGGUCAGUCAGUCAAACCUGCAGGGUACUGUAUCUGGAGUGUACCGUCAGGGCAGUGAAAUGCUGCUCGACACCCGUCAGCUCAACACCAGCGGGCUGACAGGCCCGCUCUACUGGAGGCUCCCCGCUCAGUUUGAAGGAAACCAGCUACUAUCAUAUGGCGGACUGCUUUCUUACACUGUCACCUUUCACGCUGAGGAUGGCUCAGGACUUUCUAAUCAGGAGCCUCAGGUGCUAAUGAGGGGCGGGACUCUGAGGAAGCUUGCCAUAUACACUGACAUGGUUGCUCCAAGCAAUGGUGUCACGACUCAGCAUGACAUCAGGCUGACAGAGCACAAGUGGAAGUAUUUUAACUCCGUAUCACAGAGGUCGGUGAGUCACGCUGACUUCAUGUCCGUCCUCAGUAAUAUUGAGUACAUCAUCAUCAAAGCGUCUUAUGGUACCAGACUGCAGCAGAGCAGGAUCUCUAACAUUACCAUGGAAAUGGCAGUGGAGGUGGAGAAGUCAGAAGUCGGAAAUGUAGCCAGACUGAUUGAGUCGUGUGUCUGCCCACCUGGGUACACUGGACUGUCAUGUCAGGAUUGUGACGUAGGAUAUUUCCGUCAACCUCAGUCUGAGUUGUCACCGCAGAGCAAGAAGUCGAUGUUUGUUCGCCCCUGUGUUCGGUGUCGCUGCAACAACCACAGCGAAAAGUGCGACGCUGAGACGGGACAGUGUCAGGACUGUAAGCAUCACACCAGCGGACAGAGCUGUGAGAAAUGUGCCUCAGGUUAUUAUGGAAGUGUCAAAGGAUCCAUCGGCGACUGCUCACCAUGUGCAUGCCCCCUGCUGAACAACAGCUUUAGUCCCACCUGCAUUUUGGAAGGAGCAGCAGGUGAUUUCCGCUGCACCGCCUGCCAGCCUGGCUAUGAAGGGAGAUACUGUGAGAGGUGUUCAGUUGGUUACUAUGGUAACCCAUCAGUACCAGGCGGUGUGUGUUCACAGUGUAGCUGCAGUGCAUGGGGCUCCCUCCACUUGCUGUGUGACGUGCUGACUGGAGAGUGUGAAUGUAAGGAUGGGGUCAAAGGUCAGUCAUGUAACGAGUGUGAAAAGAGGAGCAUCUUCCAGGAAGGCGAGUGCGUGUCAUGUGAUGACAAAUGUACUGGUAUCUUGUUGGAUGACCUGGAUGAGUUGCACAAUCACUUCCUGUUUUUCAACCUGAGUACCAUUGCAAUGUCAUCAUACCGGCAGUUGUGGCUGCUGGAGAAUCAGACCAGAGAAAUGCAGGUGGUGUCUUCACAGAACAACUCUGUUAUAGUGUCCACAUCUAGAGUGGAAGAAGGUCUAAAUUAUUUGACCUCUGAGCUCGGCUCUCUACUGCAGCAGGUCAACAGUCUGUCUAACGAUGUCCAGAUAGUGGACGUGUCCACAAACAACAGCUUUUCCCGAGGCGCGCUCCUAUUGGAGGGCAUCACCAGACUUCAAAACAACAUUCAAGUGCUUCAGAGGGAAGCAGCACACCUGAAUCAGACUGCAGAGGAAGGACUGGGUUCAGCCAAUCAGACGCAUCUGCUGGAGGACGUAGAGUCCAUAUUAAACAGCAUCAAAGAUGUAAACCUAACAGCUGCAGAGCUUGUAGCCAAUCAGGAGCUCAGCCUUUCGGAGUCUCUCUUUCAAUCGGUGCAGAUCGACUUCCUGUCCAGCAGGGUGGCCACUAGCGACAAGCUUGGCCGUCUCUCUACUUCACUUACUGCUGACAUUAAAACACUGCAACAUGCAAACACAACGCUGAAUGAUGCAGUGCAGCACAACAUAGAAACAAACGUUCUGCUGGACACUGCACACACAUUGCUGCAGCUAUAUCAGUCUGGCCAUCAGAACCUAAGUGUGGCGUGUCUGUCUUUGGACUCACAAAUGGAGGACAGCCAGCUGCUGCUUGAAAAUGCUGUCAGUUUGACGGAGGAGUUAAGAAACCACACCAGACAGGUUGAGAUGUUGGCUGCUGAGCUGGAUCAGGGGCGCCCCCUCCUGAGGAAACAGGUGAAUGGUUUGGUAAUGGGGCUGAAGAAAAACGAUGCUCUGGAGAAUGUUUACCGUGCAGAGAAACAUGCCCACUUGCUGCAGAGCUAUGGUCUCUCCUUGCACAGUUCUCUGUCAUCAGUGCGUAACGUGUCUCAGAAUGGUAGUCAGCUGGCUCAGUUUGACAGUGACAUCACAGAACGAGUGGACUCUGCCCAUCGGAUGGCUUCAGUUGCCCUAGUGUCUGCCUCCUUAGCCCUAAACAUGAGUGUUCAAUCGGAGCAGCCACUGUCAAAAGAAGGCAAAGCAAAGCUGGAAGUUUCCUCUGAUAUUUUGGAAGAAAGCCGAAGAAUCAGCAGUGCGGCUGAAGACCUGCAGCUGAAUGUUUCCAUGGUAACUAUCAGACUUGGACUUGUCAGAGACAGUGUUCAUAACUCCAGCUUGCUUCUCCGUCAGCCCGUCAAAGCGUUACAGAGCCUUUCAAAUGGUUCUUCUGAGGCAUUGCAGCAGACCCAGAUUCAGGCUGCAGCAGCGCACUCCAAGUUGCAGGAGGCGAUGCAGCGGCUGCAGAAACUCAGAGCACAGCUGAAGGAUUCUUCUUCUUUGGUGGAAAACGCUAACAAUACAUUGAGGGAGACUAGUCAGCUGAUGACUCUUACACACACUGCAGCCAAUGAGAUGCAGCAUAAGAUGGAGGAGGCAGAAUAUCGUACACAGCAUCUGAUGGACAGAAUAAAACCAAUGAGAAUGUUAGGAGAAACAUUGAGCAGAAACUUGUCUGACAUCCGGGAGCUGAUCUAUCAGGCCCGCAGACAGGCAGCAUCGAUUAAGGUGGCACUGCAAGCGGACAGAGGCUGUGUUCGUUCCUACAGACCAUCGAUUCAGUCCAGUAACUUCAACACUCUGAAUCUGAUCGUCAAGACGACCACUCCAAAUAACCUGCUCUUUUACCUGGGCAGCAACACUACGAUGGACUUCUUGGCUGCUGAGAUGCAUAAUGGACAGGUUUCUCUACUGUGGGAUGUGGGCUCGGGCAGCACCCGGCUUGAGUUUCCUGGACUGGAUAUCACCAACAAUAGAUGGACAAAGAUCAAUGCUACACGAUUUGGAUCACAUGUUGCACUGUCAGUCCAUCAGCUGGAUUCUGAGUCAGCUCUGCUGCCAGCAGUAACAACAACAUCACCAGGAACCUUCCAAGUUUUAGACAUCGACGAAAACAGCUUUGUUUACAUCGCAGGGCUGGGAGCUCAUACACAGCGGCCUGCGGCACUGCGAUCGACCACCUUCCAGGGCUGCCUGGGUGAAGUUUCACUGAAUGAGCAGAACAUUGGACUCUGGAACUAUGACCAUACAGAGGGAGAGUGUGGCGGCUGCUUCAGCAGUCCCCAAGCAGAGGAAACUUCCUUUCACUUUGAUGGAUCUGGCUAUUCAGUGGUCCAGAAGUCUCUGCGGUCUACUUCCACGUUAAUCGUUUUGCAGUUUAAAACUCUGUCUCCAGUCGGAUUGUUGCUGUACUUGGCCUCCAACAACACUAGAGACUUCCUGUCCAUGGAGUUGGUGGAGGGGCGUAUUCGUUUGACCUUUGACCUCGGCUCUGGUGCUCUGAUGCUGACCUCCAACAGGAAGUACAACACUGGAGUGUGGUACAAAAUCACACUGCAGAGGAACAAACGCAAAGGUUACUUGUCCAUAAUGGCAGCUGACCAGUCAUCGGAGAAGGAAGUGUUGGAAGCGGACUCUCCUGGAAAGGCCUCUGAUCUGAACCGCUCUGAUCUUGACCCUAUCUUCAUUGGUGGAUUUCCUGCUUCCAGACCAAUCAGGCGACAAGUAGCAUCCCGGUCUUACGUGGGGUGUAUAAAAAAUGUGGAGAUUGCUCGGUCCAACUUUGACCUGCUAAGGGAUGCACAUGGUGUCAGGAAAGGCUGCAUACUCAAGGCGGUGCGAAGUGUGUCCCUAUUGGCUGGAGGCUAUGUUCAGAUCACUCCACCAUCGUUUGGUCAAGAAGCAGAGUUGCUCUUCUCCUUCUCCUCCAACAACCAAUCAGGGGUCCUGCUGGCUGCUUUCAGUAAUGACCGCUCACACAAACAGUACUUCCUAUCUGUUCACCUAGUCUCGGGCGCAUUGGAGGUGGAGCUUGGAGAGGUGGGCGGAGCCACACGUAAGGUAACUGUGAUAAAGCCUGAUGGAGGAUCCUUCAGUGACAGAAUGAAACAUUCUGUGAUCAUUACCAUCAACAAAAAGUCGCUCUCAGUGCAGAUUGAUGAGGAACAUAAGAAGCUUGUGUCCCUGUUGCCGGGUGUAUUUUCUCGGCUGUCUCCAGCCUCUCUAUUUAUUGGUGGGCUGCCUUCAGCUGAUGACGCCCGUCUACCAAUCAGAUUGCAGAAAAUAUCUAGGUUGUUCAAAGGCUGCAUCCAACACCUGGCAGUUGGCAGAGCGCUUGUUGACCUUUCAGGAGCUCUGAGAUAUGAGGGGGUGAAGUUUGACAAAUGCGUCUUGGAGGAGAAGCUUGGGGAUGUGCUCCUUCCUGAUGACCAGGAUGUAAACGUAACUCCAGACCCUACUCAUUUACCUCUACCUCAGCCCACACAGUUUGGUGCCCUGUCACCUGAAGGUCUAACGUGUGCAUCAGAUGGGGAGUUAACCUUUGUGCCGUCAUCAGUUCAGUUUGGCUUGUCCAGAAACAGUCACAUGACCUUCAUUAUCAACCCAAGCACAGUCAGAAAGAGUGUGUCGGUGAGGUUGUUAGUUCGAAGCUGGGCCCUGGACGGGUUGAUCCUCCUUCUCGCCGACUCCAAGCAGAUGGACUUUGUUGUCCUCAGCCUAAAGGGGGGCAGGCUGAUGAUGUCAGCUGAUUUGGGGAAAGGCCCGGCCUCGAUCACCUCAUCUGUAGCUGUUAACAAUGGAGAGUGGCACACUGUGGUUGCAGAGGUGGGCCGGCGGUUGAUGUCAGUGUCUGUCAACAGUUUGAAAACUGAAUCCAUCUCAGUCAAAGGAAAUCAGCUGGAUGUGGCCAACAAAGUUUUCCUAGGAGGAACACCUCACACUAUGACCAGCAGGAGAAUCGGAGAUACCAGCAGUUUUCCAGGCUGUGUUCGGUCCAUCAGUCUGAAUGGUGUCAUGUUGGAUGUGUCUAAGCCGGCGUCACAACAUGGUGUCACAUCCUGUUUCACCAGAGACCAGAUAGGAAGUUACUUUAAUGGAAGCGGAUACGCUGAAAUGAUCCAUGAUGGCUAUAAGGUUGGCUCUGACAUGACAGUCUCUCUGGAAUUUCAAACAAGUCAAUCAGAAGGAGUGCUCCUGGGAAUCAGCAGUGCAAAAGUCGAUGCUGUGGGACUGGAGAUGAUCAAUGGACAGGUGGUUUUCAACGUGAAUAAUGGGGCAGGUCGAGUGUCAGUGCGUUCUGGUGGCCAGAUGCUAUGUGAUGGGCAGUGGCACCGCCUGCUGGCCCAAAAAACCAAACAUGCCCUCAGCCUAACUGUAGAUGAGCGAACUUACACCACUGCAAACCCUUACCCACAAUCCACCUCUGCUGAAACUAAUAACCCUGUCUUCCUGGGAGGAUAUCCAGCUGGUGUCAAACAGAACUGCCUGUCAUUGAGCUCCAGCUUCAGAGGUUGUCUAAGGAACCUGCAGCUCUUGAAGUCCCACCUGACCAAGACCCUUGAUCUGAGUUCUGCUCACUUCCUGUUGGGAGUAACCCCUAACUCAUGCCCCGCUUCCUAGCAGUGGCCAGAAAGCAUGCCGGUUUAUGUCACAGAGCAGUAUCAUUGAUUGAUGGGCUGUGUAGUGUGAAUGUCUCUGCUGAUUAUUCCUGUGGAUUUUGAGUCUCUGUAGUCCAAACUUGAAUGAUUAAAGUUCAUCUUAAAACUAACAUAUUCAUACUUUUUAUUUUCUAAGCAGAGAAACUUCAGUAACUUCUGCCUGUAAACAUGAACAGUAAUUAAACCACAGAAG